AGAGUGGAGUUGAAGCCGUCCCUGCGCCUCGCACACACUCUGCAUAUCACAAGAUUUGCUCGCUCCUCUCUCUUGUGCGGAGCUGCCGUGGGACUGGCUAUGGCCACCGCUACUUCCGGGAUCCGUCAUUUCAUUCGCCCACCGCUCAGCGCUGCGAUCUGACUCUGUUUCUAUAAGCAAGCUAGCAGCCAACCUGCCAACACUCGCUGACACUCACUCAUCUCAGUCUCGCCAGAUAGACGAAAUACCUACAGGGGGAAGAAAGGAGAGACUCCAAUCGCAAUCUCUUCAUUUCUACUUUGCUUUUUUUUUCCCCUUCUCUUUUUCUUCUUGUCCACGGUGAUAAUAAAACAAGAUAGCGAUCUGGACGCACUGAAGGAGACGCGAACUUGCGGGGAAUGAAAACGGACUAAAAAGAUUCGUCCUUCUCUCGAACAUCAUCACGAACCGUCAUUCAUUCAUUACAUUGACAACCUCUGGCUUUGAUUGACAGCCGGAGUGGCAAAAAGCCAUGAGACACGACAGUUUAGUUACAUGCAGGUUGUUGAUGGGCCGAUUGUAACCUUCACUUUGGCGCAUUUUUUUCUCUUUUUUUUUCCGGAGGAAAGAAGGAAAACAAGAAAAACUGCAAAAGUCCCCCGAUGCUACGAUUUCAACUGAACCAGACUGGCGAAUAGGACAAUUCGCAAAGUUGGCUGAAAAAGGAAUCUUGCCACUAAAUCACUUUCUAAGCGGGACUGGGAUAUUAAAUAUACGGACAGAUUCGGGAGUUUAUUGGAGCGCAGCCUGAUGGCGCAAAGGUACGAUGAGCUGGCCCAUUACGGUGGGAUGGACGGAGUCCCGACGUCGAUGUACGGGGACCCGCACGCCCCGCGGCCGCUGCCGCAGGUCCACCACCUGAACCACGGCCCGCCGCUGCACGCCGGCCAGCACUACGGAGCCCACGCUCCGCACCCCAACGUCAUGCCCAGCAGCAUGGGCUCCGCGGUCAACGACGUUUUAAAGAGGGAUAAAGAUCAAAUUUAUGGUCACCCUUUAUUCCCCCUGCUCGCCCUCGUCUUUGAGAAGUGCGAGUUGGCGACGUGUACUCCGAGGGAGCCCGGCGUAGCAGGCGGCGACGUCUGCUCCUCAGACUCCUUCAAUGAAGACAUUGCAGUCUUUGCCAAACAGGUCCGAGCAGAAAAACCUUUAUUCUCAUCAAAUCCAGAGUUGGACAAUUUGAUGAUACAAGCCAUACAAGUAUUACGGUUUCACCUCUUGGAAUUAGAAAAGGUGCACGAGCUCUGCGAUAAUUUUUGCCACCGGUACAUCAGCUGUUUGAAAGGAAAAAUGCCAAUAGAUCUAGUUAUUGACGAACGGGAUGGCAGCUCAAAGUCAGAUCACGAAGAACUGUCCGGAUCGUCGACUAACCUUGCAGACCACAACCCAGCUUCCUGGAGAGACCACGAUGACGCCACUUCCACACACUCAGCCGGCACACCGGGGCCCUCCAGCGGGGGACACGCUUCACAGAGCGGUGACAACAGUAGCGAACAAGGAGAUGGCUUAGACAACAGCGUCGCAUCGCCAGGCACAGGGGAUGAUGACGAUCCGGACAAGGAUAAGAAGAGGCAGAAAAAGCGUGGCAUUUUCCCAAAGGUGGCCACAAACAUCAUGAGGGCGUGGUUGUUCCAGCAUCUGACGCACCCAUACCCCUCCGAAGAGCAGAAGAAGCAGCUAGCCCAAGACACAGGCCUCACCAUCUUACAAGUAAACAACUGGUUUAUUAACGCCAGGAGAAGAAUAGUACAACCCAUGAUUGACCAGUCAAAUCGAGCAGGUUUUCUUCUUGAUCCUUCAGUGAGCCAAGGAGCAGCGUACAGUCCAGAGGGCCAGCCAAUGGGCAGCUUCGUUCUGGAUGGUCAGCAGCACAUGGGGAUCCGACCAGCUGGUCUGCCAGGCAUGCCAGGGGAGUACGUACCUCAGAGCAGUCCUAUGGGCAUGACCAUGGCCCCACCCACCUUCACCAACCCUCAUCAGAUGACUUCUCAUCCCUCCCAGCACCGACACAGGCCCCCUCUCCACACCUACCUACCCGAUCAUCCACACCUUCCUCACCACGCCAUGCUGAUGCACGGAGGACCCUCGUCGCACCCGGGACUGACCAUGUCUGCACAGAGGCCCCCUUUGCUCACCCCCAUCGACCCCAGUACUGGAGGACAAGGCCUGGACAUCCACGCCCAAUAGUAUAAGGGAACUUUGCUACCGACGACAACAGCAGCUACGACAAGAAAACAGUAAAAAGGAGAAAAAAGAAGAAAAGAAAAGAAACAAAAAGGAAGCAGCCCUUAAUAAAUCCUAUUUUGAGACUAUUUUUAAGAAUAAAAGCAAACCCUUUUGACCAGAAUUUGACAUUACAGAAACAGAAUUCCAGAUGAGCUGUGAUACUUUUUUUUAAACUUGUCAAUUUUGUUACUUUCAUCCAAAACGGAGGACCAAGCUGACAAGAACACUUUGUAAAGUCUUCGGCUUUUGGUAAAGAUCAACAGAGGAUGUUUUGACAAACACGUGUGCAGAGAACGGACAGACGCACACCCUCAAAAAACACACGAUUUUUCGCACACCCACUUCAACGCACCAUCAUAAACAUGUUCAGUACACUUUCACGUGACACGCUCUUCUAAAAUAUCACUCUGGAAGAUUAAAAAAAAGAAACAACAGAAAGACUCCAAGAGUUAUAACUACUGUAGUAUAAAAGUAUAGAUAAAUAAGUUAAAACUUGUGCAUUUUUUGUUGAUCACCUGGUUUAUGUUUCCUGAGCUAGUUUUAGAAUUAAAGGUCAACCUUUUCUCUUUCACACUGUGUGUGCUCCUUCCUGGAGGAGAAACUGUCUCGCAGCACAGCACUAUAAAACAAAAAAAGAGGAAUAAAAGAGAGAAAAAAAAACAUUAAGAAGAUGGAACAUCUCAAAAAGGCUUCAAACCACAGAGGGCAAUCAGGUCCUGUCCCUCAUAAGAGCAGGGCAUGAUGGGAAAAGGCUGCUAAAUGACACCGGAUCUCUCCAGAAGAUUCAGUUUGAACAUUUGUCAUGCCCCACUUUUUCUUUUUUUUUUUUUUUGUUCAUGAAUGAAUGUUUGCCCUGUAGGUUUUAAAGGAGAAAAAAAAAGUUCUUUGUUUGAAUUGCCCAAGCACUGGAUUGUGUUGGUUUUAUACAUUUUUAUUUUAAUAUAUAUUUUUUUUGUACCCCUGGACUCUCGUUUAAGAGCCUACCGAAGGAAGCUUGGUAGCGGAGAAAAAAAAAGCAACAUCCAGCAGCGCUUCUUCCUCUGCGAAUCAACACACUUGCCAUAAGGACAGUACUGACACGAACGUUGAUUCUGUGGCACUGAAGAAGCAUUUGACGGUUGAUGCACCAAAAAACCUAAAAUAGAAAAAAAAAACAACAAACAGACAAAAAAAAGAAAAGGAAAAAAAAACUUAAAUUAUGAACUCAAUGCUUUUGGGAGGAAAAAAAGCUGAGAGAAUAUUGUAACAAACUUCGUACAGAGUUCAGUCUAUUAAUUGUUUCAUGUUAGAUAUUCUAUGUGUUUACCUCAAUUGAAAAAGAAUGUUUUUGCUAGUUUCAGAUCUGCUGUGGCAUUGAUAUUGUAUGUCCAUGAAUUCCUUCCUUUUUCAGCACGUGUUCCUCACUAGAUGAUAAGAUGCCGUCUCCCUUAAGCUUUGUCAAAAAUACAUUAAAUACUUGUAUGAGGACUGUGACGUAAUGUUUAAAAGGUGUUCAGUCACAAAUGCUGUAAUAAAUAUUUCAUUUUUGA